AUGCAGCUAUCGCCUUCGGAAGGGGCUAGCGAAGUUGUCGCUUCUCGCUCACCGUCGCCGUCUCUCCUUUCUCCACUCACAAUCGAUACUGAGCUGAUCGUUUCCAUGUGUCAGCCUGCCGCCACCACCACCGCCGGUGCAACCGCUACAAGUGCAUCUUCUUUCACACCCGAUCAACUGGGGGCCGUCGCCACGACAAUCCCCACUUCCGCUUUUGCCGCAACCCCAAAUAUCAUCACAACCACUCCCUCUUCCAAGUCGGAUGAGUCUACCUUAUGCGUUUGCUCAACAUCGGGCAUCUCAAUCUCAUCUUCUCGUCACACCCGACGCUGUUCCGGACGUCAUACUUACGGUUCAGCCUUGUCUAGGCAUAUGCUUAAGUCCAAUAAUCCAACCACUUCAGCACCUAACUCGAGCCAGCCAAGCCCCGUAAAGCUGAUCACAAACAGUCUGAGUAUAAGCAGCAGAGAACCUGGCCGUUCGAGCGGCCAUACCAGGCGUCAGGAUCGUCUUAUAGAAGAAUCCGCUCGAUCGUACGGUUCUUCACCCGGCGCCACUUCUUCUUUAUCUAGGUCCUCAUCAUCAUCGUCCUCUUCAUCUUCUGCUUCUUUCUCCGAGUCGACUGAUAUCCCUAUUCGCCUUCGACCUAGCAACGGUGACUCGUCAUCCCGCAAUUCCAAGAGUGCAAUAGGCCACCGUUCGACCCGGUUGGAGGCAAAACGGUUCACUGGGUCUCGUCGGAUCCUGGAGCUGAUUAAGCGAGAAUGUAAUGAAGACGAGGCGAGAACCGAUUUGGGAAAGGCCGUUGAGGACGGGUUGCCUGCCUGCAGAAUUGAGCCUGAAGUGAAAGGUAACAAGACAGCUAGAUACCCAAAUACCUAA